AACUUUUGCGAUUGUCACCAGAGGAGGGCGAGGGCUGUAAAACUCAACUCGUCCCUUCUUUUCUUGUGUGUCUGCCACUUUUCUUUCUUGUUUCUGGACUGCACAAUAACCAGCGGCACGCAUUCGCCUACAUUUUCUUCAGUUCAACUUUGAUCUUAGCGUCAGUAGGAGCCUUGAAUGCAGAUUUCCACGUCUGAAAACUUAUCAUUGAAGCAUGAGCGCUCCCAAAGUCAUAACUUUAAGUCAAAUAUUUGAUGGCCGAGGGGGACGAGGAUGAGUUUUGCACUGCGCUUAACCGGUACAAAACCGCUCUGGAAAUGUACCUGCAGUCUGCGGUGAAAUCCAACAAACAUCCAGCCGUUAUCUUUUUUGCCCAUCUUGGCCAAACAGUACAUGGUUUACAAAAGGAGACAAGGAGGCAAACACGGGAACUAGAAGGCACAUUAAGACUUCCGCGGUGCACGCAUGAAUGGAGAACUGGAGGCGAGUUGACUUGUACCCCCUCUGAACAUGCUGGCUCUGAGUGUGGAGCAGGGCAGGCGAGGGGGUGCUCAUGUUGAUCAUCUGCAGAAGGAGGCUGCCGUCGGAUGGCAGGGCCGGCAGUCUCCUGAGCAGGGGCGUAACAUCAAGGAGAGGAUCUCCCAGUGGGAAGGUCGCAGCAAGGAUGUUUCCGUGAAGGCCAAGCCUCUGAGUGUCGCCCGAAUUCCGUCUGAGGCUGUCCUGAGCAAUGGGGGUUCAAACAAGGGCCUUCAUACUCAAGAUUCUGCUAGAGCUCAGAAUUUGGCUUUAGAUUUUCGGGAAUCUCAAGCACAAUCAAGAAACUGCAGGAUUAGUCCAAAGUCUGAGUCCUCGCACAAAUGCUCCACAAAAAUUUUCACCUCAAGCCCAGGAGACAAGCCGAUACAAAGACUGAUGUCGCCUUUUCUAGAUUCCAACACAGACAAAGUCGCAGUCGAUGGCGAGCGAAAAUCAGACGGCGUCUUUGACGUCGAUGCCGAGACCAAACAUUUUUCACACUUAGCCGACGACAACAUGCCGGCUGGGAACUUUUAUACUUCUCGGGGUUUCUGGCGGAGUCUCGAAGGGGGCCGAUUUCUUUGGGAGAAAGGCAGAGCAUCCUUAGGUGAAGCUCCUCCUAAACCGCAGCGGACAUUCAAGUAUCAGGGAGGUCAAAAGGACGUACUGCCACGGAACAGCGGAUCAACUCAAAACAACCACGGCAGUGGCAGGGAUCACAGGGUAGCCCGUCCACCGAGCUUCCGACCCCCUCCCUGUCCCGUCGCCAGGACCAAUGGACUUUCAAGGCAUCAAAAUAACAGGAGGUCCUUUGAGUACGAGGACGCACUGCAUCCCGCUGUUAAGCAAGACACGCUGCGAAGCCAAACGAGGCACUCGGGCCUUCACCAUGCAUACUCUGAUGAUAAUAUUUAUGAAGACAUCGUCUGUGAAGUGACCAGAGAGAACCCUUAUGAGGAUGUCAAGUUACCCCCUAUGUGUCUUCCUGUCAACAGGCCUCAGAGCACAAAGCUCCACAUAAAACCCCAAACCAUAGGGGGGGCAUCUUGCAAAGUGGCGAGGAGGACAAUGCCACCAUUAAGAUCAACCAUCGCCGAUGAUCCCAAGUCUGCGACCCCUCGACGCAUAAGCGCUCCUAAAAUUCAGAGGACUCCCCAGUAUGUCAAUAAGAUCAAGACAAUAUUUGAUGACAAACGAGGGAGGAAGCGAGUGAAAAACCAAGGAGUUCCAGUGCGAGGGGAGACCAGCGGGACUGAGAGUGACCCCGAAGACAACGGCAAAGCAGGUUUAAGGAGAUCCGUUUACAAACAGUCCACACUGAAGCGGAGGCCAGGCUACCGCACUCUGGAGAAAGAUCUGAUCCAGGCACAGCAGCAGCAGCUUUUCCAGAUGUUUGUGGUGGUUUCUCUGAGGAAAGGUUCCCCAGCCAAUACCUACUCCCCUGAAAUAACACAACAGUUCCCAAAAAUGUUUGAAAAGUCAUCCAGACUCUCCAAGGAAGCCGAAGAUCAGCUCAAGGUCAUUCCCAAAUUCUGUUUUCCUGACAUACGCGACUGGAAGCCUUCAUCGCACACACCAAGUGAAACCUUCUCCUUUGUCCUGACUGGAGAAGACGGGAGCCGUUGGUUUUGUUACUGCCGUAAGAUCCUGCCCAUCGGAAAGGGCAAAAGGCUCCCUGAGGUUCAUUGUGUCGUCAGCAAGUUGGGCUGUUUCAACCUGUUUGCGAAGAUUUUAGAGGAGGUGGAGCGGCGUCGAGAAAUCUCCCCGGCACUAGUUUACCCUUUUAUGCGUAGCGUGAUGGAGGCGCCUCUCCCUGCUCCAGGCCGCACAGUCAUGGUCAAGAGUUUCCUGCCUGGCACCGGGAAUGAGGUGCUAACUCUGUGUCGUCCGGUCGACUCCAGACUAGAGCAUGUGGACUUUGACACGCUGCUCCAGUGUCUCAGCGUGGGAAACCUCCUGCAGGUGUUCGCUUCCCUUCUGCUUGAGAGGAGGGUCAUCUUCGUCGCUGAAAAACUCAGUGUGUUGUCCCGUUGCGGCCACGGAGUGCUGGCGCUGUUGUACCCGUUUACCUGGCAGCACACCUUCGUGCCUGUGCUUCCUACCAGCAUGUUGGACAUCAGCUGCUCCCCCACGCCUUUCCUCAUCGGGGUGCUAGCCCCUUGCUUGCCGCAGGUGCUUGAACUCCCAAUAGAGGAGGUGCUCAUUGUCGAUUUGUGUGCAGAUGAGAUUGUCACUCAGCUCGGGGAUGAGGACUGCAUCCUGCCAAGUAAACUGCAAGCAGCAUUACAGCAAAUUCUGGAAGAGCGGGAAGAAAUUCUUAAGCAGGACGACGCAGAUACGGCUGAAGACCAGCCGGUGGACUUGUGCUCCCUGAUAUCGGAGGCCUUUGUGCGCUUCUUUGUGGAGCUGGUGGGCCACUAUCCUCUCCACAUGACCGAGUCCUCCAACGGGAGCAGGGAGCUUCAGCGCGACAACUUCCGCAAGUCUCACCCGUCGCGCGGCGUCCGUCAGUUCUUGCAGCUCUUCAUGGAAUCGCAGAUGUUUGCCGGCUUCAUUCAGGACAAAGAGCUGCGCAAGGGAGGAGGAAGAGGGCUGUUUGAAACUAGAGUGGCUGAAUAUUUGGACUCUUCUUCUGACCCUGAACCGAGCGGAGUCAACAAGUUUCUUAAAGGACUGGGAAACAAGAUGAAGCUUCUACAAAUAAAAUGAAAAUGAUCAACCAACAUUUCUGUUUUCCAAUGUAAUCGUAAUUUAAGGAGGAAAACGUGACAUUUUAGGAAGUAAUUGUUUUCACUGGAAAUGUAUUCUAGCUUCUGUAUGUUUAUGAGUGACUCAGGACAGUAUGUCUCUGUGGAGCUGUAACAAAUAUACCUUCAAAUGGACCUCUCUCGUCAACAUUUGUGGUUGCAAUAAUUGUCUUGUUUAUGUUUUAAUAUUGGAAUCUUUUCAGUUUAUAUUUGCAUGAAAAGUGUAAAGUGGCAUGUUUAGGACUAGUCUGAUUUUGUACAAAGUCAUCCACGGCAAAAUCUGAAGAAAAGCUGUGUUUAUUUGUCUGCGUUUGAUCUAAAAGUUGAGAAUUAUUGUCUGAUCAUAACAUUUCAGUGUUAGACUGAGUCUCCUCUUACGGAAUCUGGAUUUGUACAUAUUUAUUGUUUUUUUUUUCUUAGAUAUUUUGCACAUUGUUGAGAACCUGUGAAAAACAUUUUGAGACUUUUUUUUUUUUUAAAUAAAUAGUCAUGGGUCCCGCAUAAGUGGGCUACAAGAACAGCAAUGCA